GUUUUGCUCAGUGAUGUUGUUCGUCGUCUGGAGUUGAAAGAAAAGAAGUUCGAGGUGUUUACCGCUGCAACUGAGGAUGAGCUCGAUGAAUUUUGGACGUCGUUAUCUGCUCUUGACGAAGAAUUCCAUUUGGGUCAUGACGAGAAAGUGAAUACGACAAACGUCACCCAAGGUGUAAAAGAAUUCCUUUUACACUGCUGCAGAGAGAGGCACUACUUUUUUGACAUCCUUAAAUGUGGAAAUCCAGAGUGUUCUACAUGCCCCGCUCCUAGACUCCCGGGAGCUGAAUUUGCGAAGCUACGGCAUUUGCCUGACCCUGUUCCUGGUAACGAUGGUCACUAUAAACCAUUUGGUGAGGUCUUCGGGACAACAACCACGGAAGACGAUCGUCCAUCGAAAGCCAAUUCAAAAGAGAAGGCCUUACCGUUUUACCCUAGUGUCCAGCAUGUUAAGAAUACGCAGAUGAUGCUACUGUGUGAAGAAUGCUCAAUGUGGAGGCUGGUCUAUUCGAAGCGAAAGUUAAAGCAAGUGGAAAAGACAAAUAUCCAGCGUGCACUAGAUGGCAUGUCUUUUUCUUGUGGGGCACAGUUGCAAGAUGCUGACAUUCCGGAGCAUCUUAAAGAUACUGUUUUUGUACGCCGGAUGGGUUGCGAACAGCCAGUCGAGAAGCUGUAUUACUCAGCUAAGUUUGAAGACAUUUGUGUCCACUGUUCGGGUGAUGAUGUUGCUCCGUGGAGUGACUUGGAGGAAUAUUAUCCUCAGUGUGACGGUUGCUCUGCGAAGCCCAAGAUUCCAAAUGCCAAGAAGAAGAAGAAAUGA